AUGUACCCUGAAUCACGGUGUGCCCCCGAGAUCGUGUCGCUGGAAGUAGGGAGUGGUAGCGAUACCGAAGUGCUCGAAGCGCCUCUAAGGUACCUGCGCCUUAUAUCAUACUACUUCAAUGAUCAUCUACAUGGAACAUCAGAGUUCUUCAUCGUUCCCAAUAGCUCGCCCUUUCUCUUCCGCAUCUUUCUGAAAUUCCUCAAAACCGGUAACCUCUAUCGUCUGGACUCAGAUGAGACGAUGGACCGACGUUUCUCUUUCGGCACACUGAUCGACAUUUUUGAAUUCGCAAAAGACUUUGAGAUCGAUGCACUGCGCAACGCAGCCCUGAACGAGUUCUUCCUCCGCAUUGUCGACAAUCCAGAUCGAAUGCCGUAUAAGUAUAUCUCAGACAUAUACGAGGCCACCAGCUCGGACUCAUCUCUUCGAAGUCUCAUCGUCGAUGUCAUCGUGUACAUUGGAACGAAGCAGGAAAUGAAAGAAUGGAAGGACGACCUCCCAAAAGAAUUCAUGAUGAACUGCUUGACUGCCGCAAACGAGGAUGAGAUUGUGCCGUUCUCGGGAGACCGGUCCGAAGUCGAAGUCAUGGAAUGGCUGAACGAGAUGAAAGGGAAGCUGUGUAACUUGUUCCAUGUUCACGAUCUCGGGCCGGAGCCGGAAUCGCGACAGAUGAGACCUUUCGUAAAGAACAGGAAAUCAAGGUUGGGGAAAAGGGCGAGAAGGAGGCAGGAGGAGGAGACAGCUCGUGAAGAUUCAGAUGAAGAGGGAGAGAUGGACCCAGAGAGACAAAAGUUGGCUGAUGAUGACGCUGCCGAGAGAAUGAGGUAUCUGAUGGAACCUUUGCCUGCCAGGGCAAGCCUGCACCACUCAAAUUCAGACACCAUCAGCCCAGCCUACGAGCACACUACUGCCCACCAACAUCAACUAGACUAUCAAAAGCCCCUUGCCAACAUGAAGAUUGUGCUCGCGACUCUAUGCCUUAGUAUAUCCACUGUCAUGAUCAACGCAGUUGCAAUCCCCGAGGAGAACGGCUCUUACACGAGUCUCGCCGCCCGAUGGUCCCUGGACGAUCUGGUCCUCGUCAACAUGACGGUGUAUGAUCCACGAUUUCCUGGCGUCACAUUCACAGGUGAUGCAAAAUCUGUGAACCAACAGAUGGGGCAUUUGAAACCCGGCGAUUUUCCUGAUCUUUUCGAACCUUCUGAAGCACGCUCACUGGCAAAGUGGUCUACUGUAGGUCUUUAA